UCUCUCUCCACUACCAACCAUAGUCAUUCUAGCUUUUUCCUUGCUCUGCUCCUCUGUGUUAAGCAUUUUGUUCAAACCUUCCCUGAGCCCUAUGGAUGGCAAGGAGCGUGCAAGUGGGAAGAAGAAGACCAUUGUAGUAGGACCAUGGGGAGGAAAUGGUGGAGCUGACUGGGACGAUGGGGUCUACAAUGGGGUGAGAGAGAUCACGCUUGUUUACGGUCAUUGCAUCGACUCCAUUACUGUGGUGUAUGAUAGAAACGGUAAGCCUGUCAAAGCAGAAACGCAUGGUGGUCGCGGAGGCAAUCAAACUGCUGAGAUAAAGCUUCAGUACCCAGAUGAGUUCCUAGUCAGUGUAAGUGGACACUAUUGUCCGAUGGUGUACGGUGGCGGCCCGAUAAUCCGGUCACUCAAAUUUCAGAGCAAUAGAAGAACAUUUGGACCAUAUGGAAUUGAAGAAGGCACACCCUUUACUUUCACAGUGGAUGGAGGCAAAAUUGUUGGAUUAAAGGGAAGAAAUGGAUGGUACCUAGAUGCCAUUGGGUUUCAUGUAUCCCCUCCCCCAACCAAAAAACUGUUUCAGAGUAUUCAGAAGAGUUUUAGAAGGCUUGGGAGCUCGGUUUCAAAACCUUAGACUGCUUAAAGUUGAAAGCAUGACUUAGAGCUCAUGCCUGCCGCCACACGAGUUCUUAAAAUCACCAAAAGCUCAAAAAUAUUGCACAUAUAAUAAGCUACUCUUUCUGCUUGUGAUUAUUUCUUUCCUUUGAAGUACACUAAAGCCAUCCAAAUAAUGUUUAGUGUUUUCUGUACCAUCAAUGGAGUAUUAAGUUUCA